AUGGCAGGAGGGGAAAAGAGCAAGGAAGAGAAGAAGCGAGGGAAUCCGAUCCCCUGUUGCAAAAAGGAGAAGGCAAAUGACAGCAAGCCCGAGCACUUGCAGCCUCUGCGGGUUCCACGCAGCAGAAUGCCUGUCGAAGUAGUUGUUAUCAUCUGGGCUGGGUGGCUCUCCACCAGGUCUCCAGGUGACGCUCAGAUAAUUCCUCUGGCAUCUCCCUUCACUCCGUCGCUUCACAUGAAGUUUAUACGUGGCCGCAGAGAGGCCAGCGUAUGGGCUGAGAUUGGGAUCCAGAAUGUCAGCCGAGCCAGGGAUUGA